AUGCUGAAGCCACGCAAAGUCUCGCUCGAUAUGUCGAAAAAUGAAGCUGAAAAUUCAGCAAUUUUCAUCAAAGAACGGUAGGUAUUCUUGCAUUAAACGUUUUUGUAUUGUAUUUUACAGCUAUGAAUUGAUGAAAUGGACAACGAAUGUUGAGAUCAAAUCACCCAAUUUGUUGAUUCCAUUGCAAAUUGCAAAUUACGUGGAAUCAUUACCGUUUUGUAAAGUUGCAGUUUCACCGUAAGAAUUAUUUCUAAUAAUUGGCUGAGUUUUUUUCUUUAGAAAAUGUGACCGCGUUGCUCUAAUGAGCCAUGCACGUUUGUUAGACAUUUACACAGUGGUUGGCGAAAGUUUGAAACAUGAAUCCAGUGUUCAAAGUGAUAAAAUAAAAAAUAAAUAAAAACAAUAAAGCAAAAAUAUUUACAGUUUUGGAAGAGUCUGCUCCGGAAUAUUGUCUUCUUCAGUUUUCCUCAACAGGAAAUUUGCUUAUUUCUUCUAGGAGUACUCCUCAUUUGGACAUUUUUGACCAAAUGGGUGGUUAUUGUUAUGAUAUUCCGAUGGUAAUCUGAAAAUUUAGUGUUCAAUUUCCUAAAUUCUUUUUCAGGAAUCUUCGCGAGGCUAUUUCGAUGCGACCUCUGCGGUUUCUUGUAUGCAAACACUUCCACAUCACGCCAUUUCUUCCAACGACAAGUUUACGGAAAUUCUGUACACUUUGCAGUAUACUGGAGACUUUACCGUCUAUAAAAUUGGGUUCGUGGUUUAAAAAGAAGAAAAAAUACGAUAAUGGUUAUAUGAUUCAGGAGGCUUUCGAAAUUCGAGAAACUGUGGUCCGUACCGCUGGAAAUCGGUUUGACUUCGACUUUCAAAGUUUUGCCUCAAUAUAAUUUGCUUUUGGUCGCUGCUCAUCACAGCGUUUAUUCCAAGGUCAAUUUUUUUUUCGUUCAAGCUAACAGAAUUAAAUUUUCAGGUAAAUCCACCAGGUGGACUCUGUUCUUUCAGGCUUCUUGAUUCUGAACCUCACGUAGAGCCGAUCAGAGUCAUCGCUUCAGAAGGUAGGAUUUCCUAGAAAACAUUUUUUUUUUUCAUUUUUUUUUCAUUUCAAACUUCAAACAAAAUAAUAGCCCUUGUUCAUUUUCUCAAACCUUAAUAUAAAUUUGCAAUAUUUUUAAGGAUAAAGCGAAGACUCCAAAAUUGGAGUUGAACUUUUAAAAUGGAGAGAUUUUUUUUUGAUGAUGUAUUCCAAACUUUUAAGAUAAAAAAACUUCUGAAUUUCAAAAAGAAAAAGUUUUUUUGGUAAAUGAAAUUUUUUUCAUUAGUUAUUUCGUGUUCAAAGCGGUUCCGCGAAUCGCAAAAUAGCCGUCAGAUAUAGAAAAAAAGAUAACUGAAUUUUUAGAAAGCCAGAGAUCAUUUUGCAUUUCGCGGAAAUUACUUCAUACACGGCACUAAAUAAUGUUUUUUUCAAUUUUAAGACUAAACUCCGAAAAAGGGAAAUAAUCUGUAACUGGAAAAUGUUUUCCAUCCGUUUUUAUUUUACGAGUUGAUUUUCUCGGUGAAAAAAUCUUGAAAGAUUCCCGAGAGGAAGACAUUUAAUUUUUGAUUAACCUAUUAUUCUCUAAACACAGCGCUACCGACAUAAAAAUUUUGCGUCCAUGAGAAAAAAAAAAUUAUUUUUUAUUUUUUAUAGCUUUAGGCUCACCUGAAAUCUAGAAAAUCAUGCUUCUGUUUGCUCCAUAAAAACUGAUCUUUUUUUCAAUCUUUUUAGUUUUUUGAAACAAAUCGUUUACUUUUUGAGGCGGUUGGCUUUCGAGAUUGCCGUUCAGCGCCAUCACAAAAACUUUCUUCACGGGUCUUUCUCUUUCCUUGGAUUCCACUCAAUUGGUCGGAAUCACCACCACCGGUUCUGUCUACGUUUUUGAGGUUACCUGACAUUUUUCUGUCAUUUCGUAAAAUAGUUUCAGGUUCCCUCAACUCGCUUGAAAAUGGUGUACAAUUAUAUCAGCGGACCUCGCCCUGUUCAGAUCUCUUAUGCCGAUUUUGAUGUAAUUCUUGCAAUUUUAUUCUUUUCGAAAUUGAUGGGUUUAGCUCUCAGAAUAUGUUCAACAGGGAAGUUCUUCAAACCUAAAAAAAGAAGAAAAAUGAUAGAAUUCGUUUUUUAAAGCUUUUUUCAAAGCCUACGAUCAGGAUUGAUUAAUUUAUCAGAAUGUAAAAAUUUUGAGCAAUUCCUUAAGAAUAUUUUUUUCGAUCUAACAAACGGCUCAAUCAAUUGUGCCUUUGUAAAAAAAAUUUUGAAAAUAAGAUUAUUCGAGCUUUUAAAAAAUCCUGAAAAAAAGGUUCGCAAUAGGUUUUAAAAAAAUUUUUAGAAAAAAAUUGUUCAAAAAAAUUGAUUUUUUUAGUGAAAACAGAACAUAUUAUUUUUAGUUACCAUUUCUUGCUUUGUAAUUUUUCAAAGUUUCUUUUCUACUUUUGAAGUUUUUUUCCACUCAUAUAUUUUUCUUGGAAUUUUUCAUACUUUUAGCUUUUUUUAUCGAAAUAAAAAAAGUUUGCAGGAAAUGGUUAUCAUCUUUGAUACGGGGACUUUGAUCCGAUGUAGUCCGGAUGAGUUGGAGGAAAAACUUCACACUGUGAAGAAAUCCAAAAAAUUCGACCCCGAAGGUUCAAAUACAUUUUGAAAUGGAAUAGAUUUUUUUUAAAAGAUACUGAGUGCGAACUUUAUUCUGGCCACACAAUCAUGAUUGCUCCGGCGCAACGAGAAGUUUUCCUACUUUCUUCGCAGGUUCGAACCAUCGGUAAUCAUCAAAAACGACAAUUUUUCAGGGCGACAACUCGGUUCUUCGGGAAGCGGCCCACAAAAGAGUCACUUUGGCCGGUCGUUUGUGGAUUUUCACACUUUGGACCUCAUUUAAAAAUGUUUCCAUUUUUUUAAACCUUUUUUUCUAUCUAACUUUUUUUUUAAGUGAAAGUUUUAAAUUUUAGUUGGAAGGUGCUAAAUGAAAUAAUUCUCCCAAAUUUUGAUAAAGAUCCCGAGGCAAAGGCGGUUCUUUCCUGAUAAACUAUUGCUUAUUUUAUCGCUCUAGAACGAAUCAAGAACUUGAAAAAGCUUAUUUUUAGGGCCUGUAAAGGAAGUUGAAUGGGAAAGUUACUGUUUUCGAUAAUCUUUUUGUAUUAUCGAUGGUAAACGGAUUUUUUUUUUCAGCUGGUCGGAAUCGCCGUCGGAGAUGCUGCACAACCCCUACAAAUGGCCACCCACGUCGCUCAUUUCCACUUCUCCUUGGUUCAUUCGCCGACGAGAUCUCUCCAGGAACUUUUCGAGAGAACUGUGAGUAGUACAGACAUGCUUGCGGAAAAGAUUAAAAUUUUAUGCAAAAAAAAAAACUUUUUGUUGGAAUUUUUUUUUUGAAAGCUUUUCUUGGAACAUCGAUUGAAAUUAUUUUUUAGAAGAGAAACCCGGAAAUAAUGUUUUUGGACGAAAUUCUUUGCAGUUGGGUGAGCACGACUACGCGAGGGCCAGAGACCUUGCCAACGCCUACGAUUCCAUCGAUCUCGACCUCGUUCUUAAGUCGGAAUGGUGCGAGCUUUGCCGCAUCGGAGCCGUCACACUUGAUCAUAUCGACAGCAUCUUGGUUCGCCAUGUGUAUAAUAAAAAAAAGAGGAUGAAAAAAUAAAUUGAAAUGCGCCAAGGGACGCAUAAGACCAAAAUAUGGAAAGAGAUGAAGGUUUGUAAAACGGCUUCUGAAAUGCCAAUUGUUUUUUGAAACAAGUUUCAUUGAAAUAUUUUUUCCCUCUCAGAUUCAAGUUUUCAGAAGAACUGCAACGAUAGCGAGUGGGUGGCACAACAAUGCGCUUCUACGGAAGUCGAGAAGAUGGACGUUCAGAAGGAGUUGAUUGAUUUGGGUAAGAUUUCACAGUCGAAACUUUUUCCAGAAAAAAAGAUUGUUCAAAGAGCAAUUAAAUCGUACGAAUUUCAAGUUUGAAGCAUAUCAAAGUCCAUUAUCAAGUUUUUUUCAGUGUUCAGAAUACUAUUUUUAAACGCUUGCAAGCUCAAUAAUAAGAAGAGCGAUUGUAGUUGAAAAAGAAAAAGUCAGUGUUGAAACGAUAAUUUGUGAAUCAGUAUUUUAAAAGUCACUUUUUCGCAAAUUAAGGUCUUUCCCUGGACACGAAAGAAGUGAGCGUUAUUUGGCGCAUCCAGUUAUUGCACAACGCCAGAAUAAUGGCCGUUUGUGAAGACGUCGAGAGUUUUUUGACGACGCGACAGAAAAGUUGUCUCGAUGCGGCCGUCGUUUUCGCCCAGGUAUUUUUUCCUUUCUGGAAGCACAAGCUGGAAUCAUUGUACGUACUCUACGUUUAUGUGGUGUGUUUAGAGCUAAAAGCUGGAUAUUGAAAAAACACAUCACUCAAUCUUUUUUUUUACAAUGAUUUUUUCUGCAAACACUCUAUCAAAAACGUUGCGUACGAAACAUUUGAAUGUACGCACCUGCGAUAAUUAAUUGGUCAUCUUACAGAAAGCCCAACUCGAAUCGCUGUACCGCAUUCUGUCGACCAACCUCCCUGUUUUGGCUCCGUUCCAAGAAAGAAUCAUCUCCGCGAUUCCUUCCUGUAUUCAGCCGUCUAGAUAUGAAAAUUUGCUGCCGAUCGUGCAAAAUGGCGCGAUUUCGGCCUGGGAAGUCGAAGAGGUCAUUUUGAAAGUAAGUGAAGCCAGAAAAUAAUCGUUUUCAGGCUUCCAGCGAGUUCACAUCGAACUUGCAAAGCCUGGCUGAAGAAGGCGUCGACACAGCUUCCCUUGUCCGUUUGGCCGAUCUAGGAGACGUCAAAUCGGAUGACGGGUGAGUUGAAAUAGGAAAAUCUGAAGAAAUGAAGGAGAAGACCAAAAACUGUAAUUGUAUGAUUUGAAUUAGAUCCAGUUGACUUUUUGGCGUGUUCAGAGUGAUUCAGAGAAAGAAAAGGAUAACUUUUUAGAGGGUCAGAGAUAAUUUCGAAUUUUGCCGAAAUUACUUUAAACACGAAAUCAAUAUUUCUUCCCAUUUUUAUAGUCUUCAAAAAUAUAAUGGAUGCAAAUCAAUGGAAGCACAUGAACUUAUAUUUAGAAAGUUAUUUUCAAAUCAAAAAUAUGAUUCUCAUUCUAAAACUCCAAAUUCUUGAAGUUAUCAUUUUAAAAAUGUUUAAUAAAUAAAAAAUGAGUAUUUUAAUGAGAAAAUGACAUCUUUUGUCAACUCCGUUUCAUUUUUCAUUGAACGGAAGAAACAUUUGCAGAAGCCUUGACUACAUAAAAUGGGUGCGAGAACGAGUUCGAAAGAUUGACUUUGAAUGCGGAUUGACGCGACAUAUUCUGACUCUCCUGUCUAUUUCUAUUUCUCGCGGUUUUGAGGUAUUCAAAUGAUAUAAUCUGUUGCUUUUUAUAGUACCAGUGAUUCAGGAACUGAAAGAAGACGUCGCCGUUUGGGAAAGAUUUGCAGAUUAUGUGAAUAUGUGCACAGCUAUCAAUGAGAGCAUCGAAUCAUUUGAAACGCGCGACGUCAAAACGAUGAUCGACCGUUUUCUGAGGGUCUGAUCAGAAAGAAAAGAUCUGUGACUGAUCUGUUCGGUGUUCAGCUCACUGAAGAGGAGAGGAUCAGAAAUGCGGAGAAGAUCAUUUCGAUAAUCGAAUGGAAGGUGGAGAAAUUGGACGAUGACCCGAAGGCUCUUCGAUCUCACAUCCAAUCGUUGCUUGUCCAAUCAACGGAGAGAAGUUCGUCGGUUCUGACGGCUUUCAGAGAAGUUCGGCCGGAAGUCGUUGAUCAGGACAUGGUCAGUAUUGUGAAGAACAUCACUCUAGUUAUUUUUCCUCAAAAAAGCAACGCUUAAAACCUUCUGUAAACAUUCACUCAUAUUGAACUCGAAAAGUUUGUAAAUAAUUUCUUUUGAAGAAAACUAAGAUUAUCAACUCAGGCAAAAAGUUUUUCAGAUUGAAUAAGAGAGCAAAAGAUCGUCAAAUUGUGAUCAUUCGUUUUUGUUUAUUAUAAAAGAUCAACAAAAAAUGGCAGCCUGUUUUUUCACGUUAAUUUCAAGAAAGCUUUCUCAGGGUCUCACAAGUUUUUCAAAAAAAGUAAAUGGUUUCAAUUGGUUUUUCUAAAACUCUCAAUAUGUUCAGAGAUAAAUCUAGCACGUAUCAUAAGUCAUAGAGGAAAAGUUCUAGAAAGUAUGAAAAAAAAAUUCGACUCAUCUCAAAAAAUCCGAUCCCGAUUUUUAAACCUAGUCUUUCUUCAUUUUUAAUUUUCUCAAACAGUUCGCGAUUUUUUUCUUUUUAUUUUUUUCGUCUGGAAAAAUAAAACAUUGAUAACAGUGGAAUAUCCGCUUUUUCAGAAAAAAAAGGUGAUGAUUUCAGAUCACAGAAUGUCUGUUGAACUUGUCGGCGACCGGAGCAGACCUCCUUCAGUCGCUCCAAAGACUUCCCAGCGACGCCUACGCCAACGUUCGCAGCGCUCUUGGCUGUCUCUUGUCGCGCGACGUCAAAAUGACUUUCAAGGCUAUUUUCGAGAGUAUGAACGACGCGUUGGUGGAAUCGUGCUUUUAGUUCUGGACUUUCUAUUAUAGAGACGGCGCUAGAAGAGUUCUGAUCAAAAUGACCCGCAGCGGACACUGUGAGACUCUUUCCGACUGGGCUUCCCUUCGCGAUGACGUCGUCGACAUGGCCGAGGGGUAGCUGAUUAAUCAACCAACUAACUUUAUUUAUUUCAUAUUUGAGCAUUUUCAAAGACCUGAUCACGAAGGAAGAGGCGUUGAUGCUCCUGGCGCAGGAGAUUCUGGAGAACGAACGAGUUGGCCAGAAUCCAGAACUCAUGUCUCUGGUGUUGACCUUGCGCGGCCAGAAUCGAAAGAGCACGCCGUCGCUUCUGGAAGAUCCGGAGAGGAAACUGGACAUCACGAAGAGCGGCGAAGUUGGCGAAAAUCUAUAUGAGAUAAGAGAAUUGAGGUAAUAGGUGCUGCUGGCCAAAAGCGCUGAGCUGAUGUCGGAGGCCACUCAUCGGGACGAUCCUCUCCUCGGUCGGUCUCGCUUUUUCGCCGUCACGGCUCGGGAAAUCGCCCCGAAGGCGGCGGCUGAGCAGCUUCGAUGGCUCGACGCCGUCGAACAGGCACAGGAACUCGGCUGCACCAUGAUGCCCAUCGGAAUCAAGUUUGACCUUCUUUUUCUCUGAAGAGUGUAGGAAAAAUCAGCUCACGACGAAGAUCAUUUUACUUCUUUCUUGGGAAUUCUCUGAAAAUUGACCAGAUUGGCCAAUUCAUGAUGUACCACAUGAAGAUCCUGAUAUUUUCCACCUGCACAACUUUCCAGUUUCUAAUUAUAACAAACGAGGGCUCAAAGUUCCAAAACUACAUUAUUACAACGGUAUGGGUUUCUUUGACUUUUUUUUUAUGUCUACUACCAAAAAUAUAUUUAGUUGUUUCAUGUUGAUUAUUCACCCAGGUGUUUACUUACUAGGACUGGCCAGUUUUCAGAAAAUUCCCCAUUAAAAAUUGAAUUCACCCUCGUGUCAGAACUGCUAAACAGAGCUUCCAAAAAAGUUUACAAAUGAGAGGGAGACUUUAAUAUAUUUUUCUUCAUGACGUUUUUUUUUUUUUUCAAAAUUUUUGUGAAAUUUACUCCUCAAGCAGCUUUUUUUCACCAUAUCAUGAGGCUUUCAUAUUUUUUUAUCAUCAAAUUUCACUUUUUUUCCAUAGCUUCGCCUCGAGAAAAAAAGUUUUUUUAAAAAUUCAUUCUUUAUAAUAGAAAUAUAUAUUAUGUUUUUUUAAGAACGUAAGAUUUUUUUAAAGUUCAAAGAAAAUAUUAAAAUUCCGUUCCAAAUUUACAAUCAGAACAGCCUUUUUCAAAACUAUUUUUUUAUUUCUUUUCAGAUUUGCCGUACAUGAUCAAUUGUUGACGGAUAUUGUACGUAUCGGUUCUAACUACAAACAGGUUUGAGCUUAAGAGAAAAUAUAUAUUUUUUAACAUUGUUGAGGGCAAAAAAUGCGCGAAAUUGGCUCAGCUUUUGGGAGUGGAAACUCCAGUGGCGACGGCCUUAUCCCAUUGCGCCCUGGCUGCCCUGAAAGCCAAUGACGCUACUUAUUUGAGUCGAUAUAUUGGAGAAGUCAUCAGCAAGGUUUAUUCCAAGCAAAACUUGAAUUUGGCUGUUAAUUAUUGAUUUUUAGGCUCGAAAUUUACCCGUUGUUCAUAAAUUGUGCAUGCAGAUCAUGAAUUCGCCGCAUGUUCCAACGGUAAGAAUCCUUUCCUGGCUGGCAAACUUUCGGAUUUUACAGGAUAUGAAUGAUAUUUAUGCCUGUGCGGUGUUGAACUCGACCGAUUUGAACUUGAUGGAAACCAUGGAAGCGAUAAAUCGAUCUCGAGAGGCUAAACUUCAAGAAAAGGCAAGAAUGUAGUGAAAAAGUAUCAGAGUAUGAAUGUAUUGAACUUCAGGAAGUUAUAAUUUUGGCUCUAAUUUCGUAA